AUGUAUAGUAUUCAUGGCACAACUACUGGUAUCGAUAUUUUUAAAGGAGUUGAAAUGGCCAUUAAUAAAAAGAACCUUCGAUGGAAAAACUUGAAAUGUAUUACAACUGAUGGAGGCAAAAACAUGAGUGGGAAAGAUAAAGCAGUGGUCGCUCUUGUGUCAAAGGCUGUAGAAAAUGACGGCGGCUCAAAACCAUUAGCCUUACAUUGUAUCAUUCAUCAACAGUCUUUGUGCGGAAAAUGUUUGGAUAUGUCUGACGUUCUGAAACCAGUCAUAUCAACUGUUAAUUUCAUCAGAUCUUUUGGGCUGAAUCACCGACAAUUCCGACAAUUUAUUGCAGAGAUUGGAGAAACAGACUUACCUUAUCAUACUGCCAUACGCUGGCUUAGUUGUGGGAAAGUCCUUCAGCGCUUUUUUGAACUUCGAGCAGUGAUCGAAAUUUUUUUGAAUGAAAAGCACCGCCCUCUUACUGAAUUACAAAACAACGCAUGGCUAUGGAAGUUAGCAUUCUAUGUUGAUUUGACAAAACAUGUGAACGAACUGAAUUUGAGAUUGCAAGGAGAAAACCAGCAUCUUCCUGAUUUAUACACUAAUAUCAAGUCAUUCCGGAUGAAAUUGAUACUGUUUCAAUCACAACUACGAAGUAAAUGUUUUUCACAUUUUAAAACAUGUGAAAUAUUCAGCCACACUACUGAGACUGAGUUUCCUAUCGAUUUUGCAAUCGAAACUUUGAGUGCUUUGAAGAUAAAUUUUGAUACUCGUUUCUCGGACUUUGAUGCCAUUGCGAAUCAAAUUAAGAUUUUUCAGAAUCCUUUUGAUGCUGACAUUGAAACCCUAGCCCCGGAACUUCAAAUGGAAAUGAUUGAUCUUCAGUGCAGUGAUAUAAUUAAGAACAAAUAUGAAAACUCAUCUUUGUUGGAAUUUUAUAAGAGUCUUCCACUGACACAAUUUGAUAAUUUGCAUAAAUUUGCUCGUGGGCUGUUUUCCGUUUUUGGUACUACUUAUUUGUGUGAGAAAACCUUCUCCAAAAUGAAGUACACAAAAAAUGUAUACAGAUCUAAAUUAACUGACGAGCAUCUUAAAUCUCUUUUAAUAAUUGGUACAAGUAAAAUUAGUCCACAACUACAAACUAUUGUCGGUGGAAAAUCUCAAUUACAUACAUCUCAUUAG